AUGUCGAAAUCUCGCCGUAAUGUUAGGUUUCAACACCGGUCAAAUGAUGAGCGACGCCUCAGCGUCUCCUCCGACGUCAGCGAUGCACCCUCAGAGCCCACUAGCCCCAGCAAAAAUGCCAACGGGUCCAAACCACCUACAAUAACUGAAGAGAAACCCCCCCAGUCCGAAUAUGAGAAGAAGAAGCAGACCUUCAUUACCCGGACGAUAUGGACUUUCGUGAUGAUCGCCGGUUUCUUCGUCGCCUUGUUCUCCGGUCACAUUUAUAUUAUUGUCCUAAUUACUGGCAUCCAAAUCAUCUCGUUCAAGGAGGUCAUCGCUAUCGCCAGUAUCCCCAAUAAGGAGAAGAACUUGCGGUUCACCAAAUCGUUGAAUUGGUACUUCCUGGCGACCACUAUGUAUUUCCUGUACGGAGAGAGCGUGAUUUACUACUUUAAGCACAUCUUGCUUGUUGACAAGGUUCUGCUUCCGUUGGCAAACCACCACCGCUUCAUCAGCUUCACCCUUUACGUCAUGGGAUUCGUGUUCUUUGUCGGAUCUCUGCAGAAGGGCCACUAUCGAUUCCAAUUCACCCAGUUUGCUUGGACCCAUAUGGCUUUGUACUUGAUUGUGGUCCAAGCUCACUUCGUCAUGAACAACAUUUUCGAGGGCAUGAUCUGGUUCUUCCUCCCCGCUGCGCUGGUCAUCACCAAUGAUAUCUUCGCGUACGUCUGCGGUAUUAGCUUUGGAAAGACACAACUUAUUCAGCUCUCUCCGAAGAAGACUGUUGAGGGAUUCCUUGGCGCAUGGGCCUGCACCGUUGCCUUUGGUUAUUUCAUGACCAACUUGCUGAUCCGCUACAAGUACUUCAUCUGCCCUGUCAACGAUCUGGGCUCGAAUGUUCUGACCGGUCUGGAAUGUGUUCCGAACCCGGUUUUCACGUUGCAACCUUACUCUCUUGAAGUCUUUGGCCUGGACAAGACCUUCUGGGUGGAACCCAUUCAGUUCCACAUCUUGGCCUUCGCCACUUUCGCUUCGCUGAUCGCUCCGUUCGGUGGAUUCUUUGCUUCCGGUCUGAAGCGCACUUUCAAGAUCAAGGACUUUGGCGAGUCCAUUCCUGGCCACGGUGGUAUCACUGACCGUAUGGACUGCCAAUUCAUCAUGGGCUUCUUCUCUUUCAUGUAUUACCACAGCUUCAUUGCUGUCUACAAGGCCAGCGUGGGCGAUAUCAUCGAGACCGCCAUCAACGGUCUUACAGUUGAUGAGCAGCUCGAGGUCGUCCGUGGCUUGGGCAAGUACUUGUACAAUCAGGGCGCUGUCUCAGAAUCAAUUCUGGAUUGCCUUGUCACCGAGCUCAAGCGUCGGUGA